AUGUUGGCAAAGGGGUUUUCUUAAUCAGACUGUUUUUUCGGUCCGAGGAAAAGGAGGUAGGAGAUUGUGAUGGAGAAAGGGGGUCUGUAAAACGUCAGGCGCCGCACAAAGGCUUUGCCACGUAAUUACAGGCUCCUAUUAAGUGGAGAUCUGCCCUCCCAGGGGUCUCCAAUUUUCUUGUAUUCCCUACAAAGCCUCCUGUCCAUGCCAGUCUGUGCCUUUUGAAGUGCCAGAGGGCUUCUUGAUCCAACUGAGAAGGGAAAAGGAGCUCCGCACGGAGAAGGGGGAGAGAGCGGAGGGAAGGGGGACCCACGACCCUUCUGCAGACUCUUGAAGCCCCGCUUCUUUAUUUCUUAUUUUUUUUUCCUCCUCACGAAGAGUAAAGUGAGAAUCCUGCUCUCUAAUACAUCUGCAAGACAUCACUCUCCUGAAAUUCUAGUCACUCCCGAGAAUCCACAGGAGUGCAGAGAGGGGGAACGCGCUUUCUUGAAGACAUUUUAAAGCUGGAACAAGCCUUCUUCUGUCGGUGCUUGAACUCUUGCCGGGGAAUAACUUUUUUUAACCUCUUCUCUACUUUUUUUUUUUUAACCCACUUUGAUUCUUCUCUCCACCCCUUCUUCUCUCUUCUGUUUGCCUAACUCCCCCGCCCCGCUGGCCUCCCCUUGCCUCUCUUCCCCUUAUUAUUAUUUUUAGUGUCUGAGUGUGGACGCUUUUUGAGAGUUGGAAGGGAUAUAUAUUUUUUUCUUUCUGAUUUAAGCAUAGGGUGUUUGUUUUGUUUUUAUUUUUAAACUUUUUGGUGUGGAUUGUCUCUCUGGACCACGCCGGACUUGGCUUCAGCGAAGCAACCGAGGCUGCGGGAAAAGUUACUUGUCCCGAAAGUUCUACACUUCAGAAGGGGGGUCCCGCCCUUCUCUCUCUCUCUCUCUCUCUCUCUCUCUCUCUCUCUCUCUCUCUCUCUCUCUCUCUCUCUCUCUCUCUCUCUCUCUCUCCACUCCCCCCUCUUUCUUCCCCACUCGGCUCCUCUCCCCCCUCACGCCCACAGCGUUUGGUGUUGAUUCGAGCGGGAAGAGGGGGGUGGGUGGGAUUGGAGGGAGACCAUGACCUCCAGCUACGGGCACGUUCUGGAGCGGCAACCGGCGCUGGGCGGCCGCUUGGACAGCCCGGGCAACCUCGACACCCUGCAGGCGAAAAAGAACUUCUCCGUCAGUCACCUGCUAGACCUGGAGGAAGCCGGGGACAUGGUGGCGGCACAGGCGGACGAAAGUGUGGGCGAGGCGGGCCGGAGCCUGCUGGAGUCACCGGGAUUGACCAGCGGCAGCGACACCCCUCAGCAGGACAAUGAUCAGUUGAACUCUGAGGAGAAGAAGAAGAGAAAGCAACGGAGAAACAGGACAACCUUCAACAGCAGCCAGCUGCAGGCCUUGGAGCGUGUCUUCGAGCGGACACAUUACCCGGAUGCUUUUGUACGAGAAGAUCUGGCACGUCGGGUGAACCUCACUGAGGCCAGAGUGCAGGUGUGGUUUCAGAACCGAAGAGCCAAGUUCCGCAGGAAUGAGCGAGCCAUGCUGGCCAAUAAAAACGCUUCUCUCCUCAAGUCCUACUCAGGAGACGUGACUGCUGUGGAGCAACCCAUCGUACCUCGUCCUGCUCCCAGACCCACCGAUUAUCUCUCCUGGGGGACAGCCUCUCCGUACAGAUCUUCGUCCCUCCCAAGAUGUUGUUUACACGAGGGGCUUCAUAACGGAUUCUAACGGAAGACACUGAAAAGCGCCAUGGCUACUUAUUCUGCCACAUGUGCCAACAAUAGCCCUGCACAGGGUAUCAACAUGGCCAACAGCAUUGCCAACCUGAGACUGAAGGCCAAGGAAUAUAGUUUACAGAGGAACCAGGUGCCAACAGUCAACUGAGGAAAAAAAUAAUUAAACAGGCCUAAGAAGAAAUCAAAAACCAUAAGACACCUAUCCUGUUCUGUCAUUUCUUCAUCCGCCGGGGGAAAAAAAAAGCAAACAAACAAAGCCAGAACUAAAAUAUUGGGACCAUGGCGGAGAAAAGCAGGAGAGGAACAAAAUGAAAAUUAGUUAACAGAUGUUUCUUCUUCCUCUCGGACACCAUCACCAUUUGCUUUUGUGUGUGUAUUUUGUUUUUCUUCUAUCCACGCUUGGCUAAUUAUACUCCAGGCUUCUUCUGUUAGGCUCAGCCUACCCAUUCCUAUAAUUGUAUGAGAAUAAAAAAAAAUCUGCAGCAGCCAAAGAAUUUCAUAUAUACAUAUAUAUAUAUGUAUAUAUAUACAUAUAUGUAUAUAUACAUAUAUACAUAUAUAUGUAUAUAUAUAUAUAUAUGAAAUAUCACUUCUCAGUUUGACUCAGUUUGACCUGUUUGACUUCAGUGCCUUAUUCUAUCUCCUUCCAAGUCUCUCUAGGAGAUUUUGAAAAUCCAAAGUCUUUCUGAAGAAUCUGUAUUAUUGCGUUCAUGUUGGUCAUGGUAAGGUUUUUCUAUCAGCUACAGGAAAAAUAAAUGUACACAUGUUCUGGUCACUGACCUGUCUGAUUGAUGUGGUUGGCCAUGUCUGGUGAACUCUAAGCUCUAAGCUCUAGGUUAUGAUGUCACCGUCAACCCUACCCCUUACCCAACCCAAACAAUAAACCAUCCUAAGUUAAAGAUACUUGUUUUUGAACAAUUGCUGUCACUCGGUCUUUGGUAGAAGAUAUACUUUCAGUUUUAGAGAUGGAAAAAAUUUUUUGUAGGAAGACAAAUACGGAAUUGUGAAAGGCAUAGUCUAUAUCUCUUUGGUGCCUUAGAGGUGGUCAGAUGCAUACUUUUAUAUAUACAUAUAUAUAUGCUGUAUAUAUUUAUAUAUAUUAUAUAUAAAAUAUUGAAAGCUUGAGUUUGCAGUUUCUCAAACACUAUAAAUGCAAACUCUCUGCCAUCACCACUGUCCUUAUUUACACAAUAAUGAUAUGUUAAUGGGGCAUCUUGCUGUUUUCAUAUUCUAUACAAAAUCCUCAUUAAGGUCAGAGAACAUUUAGCCAGGCAGCUGAAUGAGAAUAGCUCCCAUUUUUACAUUAGGGCUUUAAUGGAGUUAGGAAUUACUUGAUGUUAUAGAUUAACCUUGAGUUUGUACCCUGAGCUCACGUGGAAAGUCUACAUCCUCUGACUUAUCACGGGGAUACAGGCAGAAGGGUGAGGAAAGAGAGCACUCUUUACCUCACAGGAAUAAGAAAGACAACAUGUUGAAGCAAAGUGCUUAAAGCUUUGUCUGAAUUUCAAAUAAAUAAAUAAAUAAAUAAAUAAAACCCAUACCAUUAUACUUUUACAUUUUAGUGGUUUUGAAAUAAGGUUUAGUAUCUAGGGUAGGAGGCAGGGCUGGUAUUUCUUUGUUUCCCUUUGUUCCCAGCUAUGCUUUGGCAACUUUCCUGGUGGACUUGACCAAACCAUGUUACCAUGCUGUGUCUAGUUUACCUGUUUAUCAAAUGGUUUAACAAUUCCUACCUCACAGGGAUGUUGUGAGGCUACAUCUGUUUGUUCUCUCUCUCUCUCUCUCUCUCCUUCUUUCCUUCCUUCCUUCCUUGUUCUUUGUUUGUCCAGCACUUUGUAGCCGUGAAAGGAGAAGGGACAUUAAGAGCAUACAAUAUUCAUGGACUAACACGGUAUCUGAAAGCUUUGUUUUCUAGUAAGGAAAUGGUAUCUGGCUGUACAUAAAUAUAACCUUGUAUUUGGAAAUGAUAAAUAGGUUUAUAUUUUCAAAUAUCUCAACAAUCACAUCAUUUGACCAAAGAAUAAUUUAAGGCACAAAGUAUAGAGAUAUUUUUUAACUUAUAUUUUCAUCAACAGCUCAAUUUUAAUAACCAUAGUUCUCAGUAAAUAAGAAUCUUCAGACUGAUUUUGGCCAAAUAUGUCAACUUUGUAAUAUGAGUGACGGGCAAAGUAUUUGGGGUAUAUGAUUCACUUUUAGCACAUUCUUGUACUUUCCUUGGCAUAUCUGGUUGAGUUAAUAGUGAUAUUUCCCCCAGUCUAACAGGCACCCAUCUGAAAAUAUAUUUCAAGUGAUUUUUGUACUUUGUUCAAUAAUAAGAAGGAAGAUCAUCUUAUGUACUUGGAUCUCAUGACGUGAUUCCUUCUCAACAAUUACUAUUAAAACAUUUCUUUCAGAAUAGUUUAUGUGGUCUGGCUUAAUACACAUUACUUGUUUUUAUCUCCACUCAUGUAUUUGUCCCAUUGAUUGCUGUGCAUUGUCAAGUUUCAAAAGAACAGUACAUCCUUAUUGUAAAAAUGUUCUUUGAUUUGUAAGUGAGUACAGGUCCAAGAGACUUGUAAACUCUGGGAAUUUAGAGUUUGCAGAGAAUAGCAAAAAGAUUUGGAUUAUAGGCAAGGAAGAGAAAUUAUAAAUGACAAGUGUUUUCUAAGGAAAGUGAAAUCUUGGAGGGCAAUUGUUUGAAGUCAUUUGAAACCUUCAUCCUGACAGCCAUUUCCAGCGGGCAUCAAACAAACCUGAUCCCAUAAGCUCAAAGGAGGGAGUGGGAUACUGCUUCUGAUGCUUUGUGCAAGCAGUUUCUUGGAAUUUCAUAGAAUAACCCCUGUAGUUAAUCAUAGUCAGCCUGCAGCUGGUAGAUCCAUAGCACAACAUCUUUAUUUGAGCACUUACCAGGAAAUAUACCUGAAACACUGGCGCUCAAUUUUGUUCAUUUACGGUAAACUUUUAAAAAGGAUAUAAGUUUAACGAGUGAUUUGGAGGAUUAGAUAUCUAGCUUGUAAGUCAAUUACCAGAGGAGAGUCUCAGUGCCAGACUCAAGGCAUAUACCUAUUGCUCUCCAUCAAUAUACCCAGAUGAAGGCAUUAGAACUAUCAAUGUCCACAAUCUCUUACCAAACAAGAAGCCAAUUAUUAGAGUACUUGGCAUGUUAAAUUAAACCAGAAGUAAUGACCUAAUUACAAAAAAGGGAAUGGCAUAUGGUAAUAAAGAUCUCAUAAGAAAUGUAAUAUGUAAAUUAUAUCUUGCUUUAUGAUGUAAAAUAUACAUUGUUUGUGCUAGAAUAGAAAUGAUUUCUUUUCAAUAAAAUGAAAGACUGAUAAUACAAUGUCUUUUGUUAUAAUA